AUGCAAAGUCCUCAGGAGGAUACCCCUGGUCGACCACCAAUGGAACUAAACUCCACGGUGAGACAGACUUUAAAUCGACGUGCUGGCACAAUGGACCAUGAUCAUAAUGUCCAAGCCUCAGGUGGGUCGUCACCUCAGUGUAUGGUCGAUAUGAUGGUCCCAUACAAACACAACGUGGACCCCCAAUGGGCCGUUAGGCCCAGGACGACACAGGGGCAGCCCCACCAGGUAAAUACUGCACAGCCCUAUGAGUCACCUUUACUAGCCACCAUGCAACCUGCAGCCACCACCCCCAGUUUUGGGCAGACAGUACUUUCCACUGCUGGACAUGCCCGCGCAUCCAGUAUACAGCCUCCCCCAACCACUGUACCAACCCCUUCGCCCCCCAUACUCAGCCCAAUAUUUAAUAGAUAUGAUGUCCCAGAUUCAAUUCAGACUCCAACAGCUAUGGUGCAAGGUCACCCACUCCUCAUCCAAGGCCCCACAACUACAACACCGGAUCGGACGGCCAUUAUUCAUGCCCCAACACCCAUACCACUAGCACAGAGUACCAGGUAUGUCCCACCACUCCAGACUCAUCACCUACCUGAUGGAAUGCAUGCUUCAGAGUUCCUCAUGCCAACUGGGCACUCUCAAGUGACCAGGUGGAACCCUCCUGCCUCUGUACCAGCCCCACCAGUCUCCAUAAAUACCCCUGUAUCCGGCAUUUAUGAUGCUGCCCCAAGCACAAUGCCAGACCCCAAAGCCAUAGUGCAUGGUGCUGCUGCCAGUUUGCCUGUCCCAAGUAGCCACCCCCCCGGUAUGGGAUGUCAGGUGGGCCCCACUACCCCAGCCACACCUCCCUCCUGA